AAUAGAGGCAAAGACACUUUGUGGUGUAAUAAAAACACUAAUAAUACAGUUGAAUAUAAUGAACAAAAUAACGAUAAACAAUUAAUUUGACCAAAUUAUUAAUGAUUAUGGACCAUCCAAUGAUAAAUACUGGUACUAUGGCGGAUGGGGAAAACGUAACGAAAACUGUAAAAGCUGAUGUUGAGAUAAAUGCUGACAAUACAAAUAUAGAAGGCACAGAAAACGUAGCGCAGACUGGUAAAGUUGAUGAUGAGAAAAAUACUGACGAUGUAAAUAGAGCAGAUAUAGACAGGGUAACACAGGCUGUAAAUGUUGAUGAAAGUAACGACAUAGAAAUGGGUACCUUUAAAAGAAUUGGAAACACAGGCGUGGUAAUUGAAUUGAAUCAAAAUGUUGGGAUUGUUCCCGUUGAUGAGCCAAAUAUUGAGAGAGCAACAGAAGACAUGAUAACUGAGCAUACUCAAAAUAAUGAACACAUUGUGAACGAGAGGAUGGCCAUUGACGAAUUGAUAUCGGAUACGCCAAUAGUAACUAGCCAGACUCAACAUCACGACAUAAUUGCUGACGCCUUGGAAUUCAAAUAUAAUUCGCUUAAGAAUCAAAUAUCAAAAUUUGCGCUGAUCACUUCCAUUCAGAGCCUUCUUCAGGUCCGCAAUGCUAAAUCGGUGCUCGGUAGACUGAUUUGGUUUGCCAUAACCCUGUUUGUUUGUAGCCUUGCGAUUAUAGGGGUCCAUGAAAUCACUCGGAAGUACCUCGAUCAUCCCAGUGAAGAUAUUCUGUAUAGCAGGGAGGAAUUGGUAACAUUUCCAUCAGUUACAAUUUGUGGGGUAAAACCUGUUGUUUUCACAGAUGAGCAUCUGAAAAAAAAAUUAUCUUCAAGAGCAAAUACAGGUGAUACCAUAAAUACUUGGAUAUACCAUGAUUACCGUCUAAAAAUGUUGGAAUCUCGAGCCUUUUCAGACGAAAGGGAGAAAGAUCACGAACGCAUUAAUGCUGUUAUGCGAAGAAUAGUUUCUGAAGAAAGAUAUAUAGAAAACCUUAACGAAUGGCGCGAUUAUCGACUCAGAAUGUAUGACGACCUCAUCCUAGAAUGCCGCUUUAAAGGGAAACCAUGUGGCAAAACAGAUUUUAAACAAGUAAUGCUUGGACGCUAUGGCAAUUGUUUUACAUUCCAACCGAAUUCCAAAGAUGACACGAAUAUUUUAAGUGAACCUGGGCCAGAUUUUGGUUUGAACCUAAUGUUGUUCACAAACAGCUUCUCGCCUCUGGAUGAAUUUACAGAUUCGGAUACAUUUAACUAUAUAAAACUGAUCGGCUCUUCUGACUCCGCAAUACUUAAUGAAUUCAACAGUGACUUUUCAACAGCAAGUGAUGGAAUCAGAUUGUCAAUUCACGCCCCUGGCACUAUGCCUGAUCCUGAAAAGGAUGGAAUUGACCUUUCAACUGGAACAUUCAGUUCUAUUGGUCUCUCACAGGAUGUCCGCACGUUAUUGGGACCCCCACAUGGAAAUUGCACAGAAGAAAGAUUAAACACACACACAACCUACACGUAUACACAGAACAUGUGCCUCAGACAAUGCCAGCAGAUUGAAACAAUAAAAAGAUGUAAAUGCAUGAACCCAAAACUCCCUUUACCACCACUCACCGAGAAACCACAUAAGAUACAUUAUUGUGGAUACGAAAUGAGACAGGAAUACUUAAAGGAGAAAGAAAGAGAAAUGACUUAUGGUAAUGUUUUCCCAUUAGAAAAUGUCCAAUUUGACUGGAAAAUAUUCAUUGAAAACUUUAAGUUGUAUGAGUGUGAAAAGGAAGUAACAGAACUGUUUUCUCGUGAGGGGGAGAAAUGUGGUUGUAAGCGAGAAUGUAAAAGCACGGCGUAUUACUACUUAAAACACUCAAUACCAUGGCCAAAUGAAAGAUAUUAUAAAGGUCUUAAACAUAGAAACUUCAUAUCGUUCUUGAGAAACCAUCCCAAAGCAGAUCAAUUUCUUAACAAAACCUAUUGGUCAGGGAAUAGACUGAAUCGUCUAGGCAUUUGUAUGUCGGGAGAUAACAUUUUUUCAUCUUAUUCAUCUGCCGUUGUAAAGGGUGCGUAUCCAUAUCUCACUUGUCCAUGCAACAUUGCCAAUUCGACAGAUCAGCCGGAUAGGUGUGCUCCCAUUAUAAAUUGGUACCGAUUUAUCAACAAAUUCGUUGAAACAAACUUCUUGAAAGUCAACGUAUUUUAUAGUACAUUAAACGUGAACAGGAUUGCUGCAGAACCUAGCUACCCAUUCAAUAAAUGGUUAUCAGAUUUUGGGGGUAUCAUCGGGAUGAACAUGGGUAUGUCAGUUGUGUCUCUUGUAGAGUUAGGAUAUCUUAUGGUAUCCCUGGCUUUCAUACUUUACUGCAAGCAUAAAAGGGACAACUAG